GCAGAGACAGUUUUAGCUAGUUUCUGGGAGGCGAAAGGGAUUCUGGGAGCGCCGUGCAUCGCCCACAAGGCUCAUGGGAAAUGUAGUGCAGUUUUUCUCCAACAUGGCGGCGCCCGGGAUUGUCAUGAACAGCAACCACCAAAGUAAUUACAAACUCAGUAAAACUGAGAAGAAACUCUUAAGGAAACAAAUUAAAGCCAGGCAUACUUUGCUGAGACAUGAAGGCAUUGAUACAGUAUCUUAUGCUACUCAGAGUCUGAUUGUUGCCAAUGGUGGUUUGGGUAAUCAAGUGAGUAGGAACCAACUGCUCCCAGUUUUAGAGAAAUGUGGAUUGGUGGAUGCUCUCUUAAUGCCACCUAAUAAACCCUACUCAUGUGUAAGAUACAAAACUGUAGAAGAAUCCAAGAAAGCCUAUGAUACUCUCAAUGGUAAAGAAAUAGUGGAUGAUUUAGGACAAAAGAUCAUCCUGUACUUGAAUUUUGUGGAAAAAGCACAGUGGAAAGAGUUGGGGCUUCAAGCCUUGCCUCCAGGUCUCAAAGUAAUAGAAGAAAUUAUUUCUUCUGAGGAUGAGAAAAUGCUUUUGGAGAGUGUUAACUGGACAGAAGAUACAGAAAAUCAAAAUUUUCAAAAAUCCUUAAAACACAGAAGAGUAAAGCAUUUUGGCUAUGAAUUCCACUAUGAGAACAACAAUGUAGAUAAAGAUAAGCCGUUACCUGGGGGUCUUCCUGACAUUUGUGAGAGCAUUUUAGAGAAAUGGUUGAAGGAAGGAUUCAUUAAACAUAAACCUGAUCAAUUGACUAUAAACCAGUAUGAACCUGGGCAUGGAAUUCCUGCUCAUAUUGACACACAUUCUGCUUUUGAGGAUGAGAUCAUUUCUCUCAGUUUGGGAUCAGAGAUUGUCAUGGAUUUUAAGCACCCAGAUGGUGUGACAGUGCCAGUUAUGCUGCCUUGUCGGAGUUUGCUGGUGAUGACAGGAGAAUCUAGAUACCUUUGGACCCAUGGAAUCACACCCAGAAAAUUUGAUACUGUUCAAGCAUCCAAGGGUCACAAAAGUGGAAUUAUCACCAGUGAUGUUGAAGACUUAACUUUAAACAAGAGGGGAAUACGGACAUCGUUUACAUUUAGGAAAGUGAGGCAAACACCUUGUAAUUGUAGUUACCCUUUGGUCUGUGAUAGCCAGAUGAAGGAGACUCCUGCCUCAUUUCCAGAGAGUGAUAAAGAAGCCUUACAACUGGAGCAAGAUUAUGUUCAUCGGGUUUAUGAGGAAAUUGCUAGGCACUUCAGCAGCACGAGACACACCCCUUGGCCACAUAUAGUAGAGUUUUUGAAAGCUUUGCCGAGUGGUUCAUUAGUUGCUGAUAUUGGAUGUGGAAAUGGAAAGUAUCUUGGCAUCAAUAACGAGUUAUAUAUGAUUGGCUGUGAUCAUAGCCAAAACCUUGUGGACAUCUGUAGAGAGAGGGAAUAUCAGGCCUUUGUCUGUGAUGCUUUGGCAGUACCAAUUCGCAGUGGAUCUUGUGACGCUUGCAUUUCCAUUGCUGUUAUUCACCAUUUUGCUACAGCAGAGCGUAGAGUGGCAGCUCUCCAAGAACUUGUUCGACUCCUAAGACCUGGUGGGAAGGCACUCAUCUAUGUUUGGGCUAUGGAGCAAGAAUAUAAUAAGAAGAAGUCCAAGUAUCUUAGAGAAAACAGAACUAGCCAAGGCAUGAAAGAGGAAAUCAGCAAUGAUACAUCAGUGCAAGAGUUGCUUGUGAAGCAGUUGCCUAAUGUAGGCAAUCAAGACUCAGCACAUUCUGUCUCCUCCAUAAAUGACUUUCAAGAUGGGGGAUGUAAUUCAAAGAAUGUUGCUAAUUCCAAGUUGCCUAUUCAUACUAACAGGACUUCUUUUCAUUCUCAAGACUUACUGGUUCCCUGGCACUUUAAGGGAAAUCCGGGUAAGGACAAGCGUGUUGAGCCGUUUGGUCCAUUAGGAUCCCGUGAUCCAGGUCCUGUGUUUCAUCGUUAUUACCAUGUGUUUUGUGAGGGAGAAUUGGAAGCUGCCUGCCGGACUUUGAGUAAUAUCAGCAUACUGCAAAGUUACUAUGAUCAGGGGAACUGGUGUGUAAUUCUUCAAAAGGUCUGAUUAUGAACAUAUUAUAUAUAGGGAAGAAGUGCUCAACGUGUUUUUUAAAAAAUGAGAUUAAAUUACCUAUAUUUUUUAAUUAAAGAGAAAAUGUGUGGAAAAGUAUCAAAGGAGAGUGCCUGGGAGAAAUUUGAAAGUAGAGACUAGUUAGAAUAUAUUCAGUCUACUACUAUUGCUGACAUCACUUAAUCCAUGAUGGAGGAACAGGGAUGGUUUUAAAAGUAAUUGAAGUAGUUCAUGAAAUAUUUGGGAUCUUGGGGUAAGAGUACAGCAUUUUGAAGGUAAACUUUUGUUAUAAAGUGUUGCUAAAUGAACUAAAUUAUAUAGAAUCUUAACGAAGUAAUCACAUAACUUUUUAUCAAUAAUAAAAUAUUCCUGUUCAGUGGAAAA